CCAUUACUUGUACUGGCAAUCAAACAUUCAGCUACAACACUCAGGCAUGUGACAGGACAUGCUUGUCACUCUCCAACCGAGCCCUGGAAUGUCAUCCAACUGACAUUCCUAUUGAAGGCUGCCAUUGUCCUAAAGGAAUGUACUUGAACCACAAGAAUGAGUGUGUUCAUAAAUCUCAUUGUCCCUGCUAUUUAGAAGAUAGAAAGUACAUCUUGCCUGACCAGUCAACAAUAACUGGUGGGAUUACCUGCUACUGCAUUAAUGGGAGGCUAAGUUGCACAGGCAAACCUCAAAAUCCUGCAGAAAGCUGCAAAGCUCCUAAGAAAUAUGUAUCAUGUUCUGACAGUUUAGAAAACAAGUAUGGAGCUGCAUGUGCCCCUACUUGUCAGAUGCUGGCUACUGGAAUUGAAUGUAUACCCACUAAAUGUGAAUCAGGCUGUGUCUGUGCUGAUGGGCUAUAUGAAAAUCUCGAUGGCAGGUGUGUUCCAGCUGAUGAAUGUCCAUGUGAAUACGGUGGUCUUGCUUAUGGAAAAGGUGAACAGAUCCAAACCGAAUGCGAGAUCUGCACUUGCACAAAAGGCAAAUGGAAAUGUGUUCAGAAAUCAAAGUGUUCCUCAACAUGCAAUCUGUAUGGAGAAGGCCACAUCACCACUUUUGACGGACAGCGUUUUGUGUUUGAUGGCAACUGUGAAUACAUAUUAGCUAUGGAUGGCUGCAGUGUUAAUAGACCUGUUUCCUCUUUCAAAAUUGUUACUGAGAAUGUCAUCUGUGGGAAAUCAGGGGUUACAUGCUCCAGAUCCAUCAGCAUUUACCUUGGGAAUUUGACAUUCAUACUGCGAGAUGAAACCUUCACUAUUUCUGGGGAAAAUCCUGGAGUACGAUAUAACGUGAAAAAGAACGCCCUUCACCUGAUGUUUGAUAUCAUUAUCCCAGGAAAAUACAACAUGACCCUUAUCUGGAAUAAGCACAUGAACUUCUUCAUCAAGAUCUCCAGAGAAACACAGGAAACUAUAUGCGGUUUGUGUGGGAACUAUAAUGGCAAUAUGAAGGAUGAUUUUGAAACUCGAAGCAAGUAUGUGGCAUCAAAUGAAUUGGAAUUUGUCAAUUCUUGGAAAGAGAAUCCUCUCUGUGGGGAUGUAUACUUUGUAGUGGACCCCUGUAGCAAGAACCCUUAUCGUAAAGCAUGGGCAGAAAGGACAUGUUCCAUCAUCAACAGCCAAGUCUUUUCUGCCUGUCACAAUAAGGUGAAUCGUAUGCCCUAUUAUGAGGCCUGUGUUCGAGACUCUUGUGGUUGUGACAUUGGAGGGGACUGUGAAUGCAUGUGCGAUGCCAUCGCAGUAUAUGCCAUGGCAUGCUUAGAUAAAGGUAUCUGCAUUGACUGGAGGACCCCUGAGUUCUGUCCUGUCUAUUGUGAGUAUUACAAUUCUCAUCAAAAAACAGGAAGCAGUGGUGCUUAUUCCUAUGGCUACAACAAUGGCAACUGCACCUGGCAUUACAGGCCUUGUAAUUGUCCAAAUCAAAACUACAAAUAUGUCAACAUUGAAGGCUGUUACAACUGCUCUCAUGAUGAAUACUUUGACUAUGAGAAGGAAAGAUGCAUGCGAUGUG